AAAGGUCUGUUAGAAAGCAUUGAUCCUCUCCUUACUGCUUGAACGCAAGAAAAAUAAUAAUUUAAAUUAAAAAUAGGAGCAACAUGGAUUUUAAUAGACUGUGGGUUAGUUCUUUGAUUGCUAUAUUGUUUACUGUCCAUAGAUUAAUUCAGAUAUGUUUAUGGUUAUAUGAAUGUGCUUCUUUCAGUGCAUGUUCCCUUCCCAGUGUGCUGCUUCCUAAUUUUAGAGGGUUCAUAUUGCAGGAGGCCUUUGAACAAUCAGGCGUGGCUAUUUUGUGGGUAUAAAUAUUUGACAAGUGUCUUGGGGUGGAGUUUCAGACCCUGCUUUUGAACAUUCCCUUAAAGACAGCUGUCGAGCAACCUUCUGGCAUCAGUGCCAGGAUUGUCCCACUGAGGUUUGAACGGCUGUUAUAUUUCAACUCCCGUAGACUGAUCCGAGGACGGGAAGUAUGGAUCAUCGUGCAGCCCUGGAAAUGGAUAAAAUUCACCCAAACCGCCAGUCGAGCAUCACAGAUGAUGAAGAAGAACAAGAUGCUGCAUUUACCAUUGUCAGAGUCCUGGACAAGGUAGCCACCAUAGUAGACAGCGUGCAGGCCAGUCAAAAACGGAUUGAGCAGCGCCACAGAGAAAUGGAAGACGCCAUCAAGACCAUUCAGAUUGACAUUCUAAAGCUGGCUCAGGCCCAUGGCAACACAGGAUACACAGUUAACAAGCUGUUGGAGAAAACACGCAAAGUUAGUGCUCGGGUCAAAGAAGUAAGAGCCCGAGUAGAGAAGCAGAAUGUUAAUGUGCAAAAUGUGGAGACCAAACAGGAAGAAAUGCUGAGGAAAAACAAGUUUCGUGUUGUCAUUUACCAGGAAGACAUUCAGUGUCCAUCUUCUCUGACCGUUGUCAAAGACCGAACACAAGGGGAAAGCACAGAAGAUGCCUUCUGCCCACCUGAUGAUCUCUCUUCUGAUGAGGAGUAUUACAUAGAAGAAAGCCGAACAGCCCGUUUUAAGAAAUUGGGGAUGAGGCGCAUCAACAACAUCAAGAAAGCAUUUUCAAGAGAGAACCUUCAGAAAACAAGGCAGAAUUUUGGCAAUAAGGUGGAUAGGCUUCGUACUCGAAUAGUAACACCUGAGAGAAGAGAACGAAUAAGGCAAUCAGGAGAGAGGCUGAGACAGACUGGGAUACGGUUCAAGAAAAAUAUUGCCAAUGUCGCACCAAUUAAGGAGAAUUUGAAAAAGUAUAGGAAAACUAAAGAGCAACCAGGGGCUGAAGGCCAACAAGGAACCCAAGAAUCUGGCCCUGAAACAGCAACAGAAAAUAGGGAAGCUGAACCAGCCACUGAAGAAAUUUCCUACACUGAAGUGAUAACGAAAGUGAAGAAGGACAAAGGGGAUGGAUCAAAACACCUUUCUCAGGCAGAUGAGAAAGUAAUGAUUCCUCCUGAGAAGAACCUGAUCAAACCAGAGACGAAAGAGGAUGCCCUUCUAAUGGAUCUAAAGCAGCCAGUUUAAAUGGCAAACAUCUGCUGGUGAGGUGGUAUCAGUAUGGCGGGGAAAGAGCAAUUCCUGUCAUGCUGGAGGUGCAGAACAAUGGCUUUCAUACUGCCUGAAGAGACCUUGAAGUAUUGCGUGUUGCAGAAAGUUUGGGGCCCAGCCCAAGGUUUGGUUUCUAUUUGGACAUGCCAAAUUGGUCAGUUGGGUUUAUCUGUCAACCCACCAAACCGAGCAGCAUGUGUUGACAUUCUUUUCCUACCAUGCGUUGUUCAAAUGUAUUUUUUUCUAAAACUCCCAUUAUCCCCAUUCUUACUAUGGAUUAUGGUAGUGGUACUUUGUAGGGUGCUGGUUGGAGAAAGUUGUAGGACUCUUUCAGCAUUUCCCAAUAUUUUACAGGAAAGUCAGUAAUGACAGACUUUUGCUAUCCUACACGGUAUCCUAUACAGUUUGCCUGAUGAUUGAUAAGCUCUUCUGGACAAUCUGCAAUCCCAAGGGAAAAUUGUAAUCUAUAUAUAAAGAGAUAUGCUUGGAUUAAAUUACAGAAGAGAAUAGACCGAUAUGUAUGUAUGUAUGUAUAUAUAUAACAGGUACUACAUUUCAACAUUGAAAGGUGAUAGAAACACCCUCUCCCAGAUUUAAUGACAUUAAUUUCUCAACAAGUUUCUUCUGUUUUUAUUUUUUAUGUACAGUGACAACUACAAAAAGUAAAUCUCAUUAUUUGACUUAUAAGAGAUAUCCGGCUGUUGCACAAAGUAGGUGAAUUGUGGGCUUGAACAAAUCCAUCAACAGGUAACCAUUAACUCCUUCUCUCCCUGCCCCCUGUACUUUUAUCCAAACAGGUUUCUCCCCCCACAACCCCUUUUAUCCAGAUAGGUUUGUUGGAGAAAAUUGAUUAUGAUAAUCUGCAGAGAAUCGGAUAUUUCUUUGCAAGGCAAAAUAUGGAGAGAACUCUAGUUAGGAAUGUGGCAGAGCUUCAGGGAAUUCACCUUUGCCCCACCUGGAAAAGAUCAUUAGGAUCUUGCUCAUAAGUAGUGACUUAGCCUUUAGACUGGCCAUUCCAUGAAUGAAAGGGCUCCUUUCAUUUAGGAAGACAGCAUAAAUGUCCUUCUGGAGGGAGAACACGGAGAAGUCAUGGUAUCCUAAACCACCAAUGGUUUGAGUGGCUUAUUGUUGGUUUAUUCAACCAAUGUAUAUUCUAUUCUGUUUCAGAGGCUUGUAAUCAGAUAGUAUUGUGGUGAGAUCCUUUGAAUGAAAAAAUAAAAAUAAAUCUGUAAAGGGCCUGUUUGUAAAUGUAUUCUUUUAGCUGCAUCAGUUUAAUAAGAGAACUUGCCUCAACUUUAACAAGUUCAUUGCAAUGUAAAAAACCCCCAAAAUUGGUGCUUUUGUGCAGAGCUGCCGCAGAAUCUCCAGGUGCUCAUUAAUGACCGGAGUUAAUGACCUUUAAAUAAGGUAUCGUUUUCUGUCAACUCUCAAAAACUUUGCUCCAGAAUAACCCAUUAUGAUGCAGUUUCUUAAUCUGCUUCCAUUUUAUAGUUUUAACACUGAUGACUUAGUAUAAUCCAAGUAUACACAUUUUGUAUCAAUAUAUGCAGAGUUCCAUGACUAUAUAAAUUAUGCAAAUGACUUUUUUUCCUAAAAUUUGCUAUAUUCUGCAGAUUGUAAUGAUAUUGAGCUUUGCCAAAUGCUCCUGCUUUUUGAUUGUCAAAACUCUGAGACUCAUCUACCUCAGUAUAAACAUGAGAUAUUAUCUUUUUGAGUGUUAUAAAAUUUAUUUUUUUCAAUCAUAUUUAAUAGAAAAAAUAUGCUUACCUUCUGGUCCUUCUCCUGUCCCCUGCCCAAGAUUGUUCAGGACACUGUUUCCCAUGACCAACAUAUUUUUGGCAUAAAGUUCUGGUAUUCUUUAGUUUCUCAAGUACCCGGUAAUAGCAUUUAACUUUCAGCGCCAAGGAGUAGUAGUUGUAAGAAAGUAAUGCUACACUUUACAUUCAGUGGUUCAACAAUUUCAAAGUGGAUUAGUGUUUCCAGAUUGAGAUGGGUGACUUAACUGCAGUGGAAGGCAGAGGAGACAGGCUGUAUAAGGAGAAAGCAGUUUCAUAUGUACUGUAUGUUUCUACACACUGUAAAAAUAAGAAUGGUACCAAAUAAAAAAGAAUGUGUAACUA